AUGAGCUCGCGGGCGCCGCCCCCCGCGCGCCCGGCCGUGCCCGCGGCGCCCCGGGCCGAGGAGGCCCAGGGCGAGGCGCCGCCGGAGGCCCGGGCGGGGGAGGACGCCGCGGGGCUGGACCCGCUGGUGGGCGCCGUGCGCCUGGCCCUCCGCAGGGAGCUCGGCGAGCUGCUGGCGGAGGGCGGGCACGCGGCAUCGUGGAGCGAGGUGGAUGCCGCCCUGAAGAGCUGGGGUUGCGAGCUGGCCGUCGAUCAGGCGAAGCUGUUCAGGACAGCCGCCCAGGCCUCCCAGCGAGACCCGGAGUCGGACGCCGCCGGAGAGCACUCUCGACGCCGGUCGUUGGGCAGCGCGAGCAGCUGGCAGGCGAACCCGUUCAUGCCGCCCACGGCGGUGGACCACACCUCCUGGUGGUCCAGGAGAUCGUCUCGAGGCUCGCAAACGUCGGAAGAGAAGCGGGCAGAUCUGAACGGCGCCGACGGGACCCCGCGGAGCAAGCCAGGUGUGUACUUGCCGCGCGCGGCGGCCGACCACUUCUCCAGGUGGGUAGAGUUGGUCGGCGUCAUGGGCUCCCGCUCCGCGCAGAGUGAGGAGGAGGGCAGCGGACCUUCGAUUCGCCACGCUCUGGCGGCCAAAUGCGAGAAGUUUUGGGUUUGGCUGCAGAGCGUGGAGGAGCCGCCCCGCACGGGGUGUCUCAACAGCCUCGUCAUCGGCAGUGGAUUCGAGGUGGCCGUCUGCGUCACAAUCCUCUUCAAUUUCGCAUUCAUGGUGUACGUUGCGAACGUGGAGAUUGCGAGACCGAACGAAACCUCCACGCGGGUAUUGAUCGGCGAGUGGUUUUUCCAGGCGUUUUACACAACCGAGAUGGUCCUGAAGUUGCUGGUACAUCGGCAGUGGUUUUUCUGCAACGCAUCUUGGAGGAUCAAUCUAUUUGAUUUGAUGCUGGUGGUUGGCGGUUUCAUCUCGUUGGGAUCCCGGGCUGGCUCGGGAGGCGCCUUGAGAUUAUUGAGGGUGCUCAAAUUCGGGAAGGCGACUGGUGCUAUCAGAGUUGUGGCCCACAUGAAGCAUCUGAGGGUUCUUCUUGUUUGCUUGGAAGGCUCCCUCAUGAGCCUCUUCUGGAGUAUGUUUACGCUUGCUUUUACAUACACCCUCUUUUCGCUAUUCCUGAUGCAGGUCAUCACUUCUCACCUCAUUGAAACAGAUAGCGUCUUAGAGGACACCGCCUUCUACGACCACUUCGGGUCGGUGGAAAAAUCAAUGUUGACGCUGUAUAAGGCAUCCACCGGUGGCGACAACUGGAGCUUGGCGUACGAGGUGAUCCGCAUAACUGGAAGAACUGGGAGUGCGAUGUUCUUGUUUUUCAUCGCGUUCGUGCAAUAUUGUGGCCUCCGGCUCAUCCCACCACCAUGCAUCUUUGUGGAGUCCGCGAUGUCGUUCGUGAAGACCGACCCGGAGAUGCUGGCGCGAGAGGUCUUCCACAAGGAGCAGGAGGACACCCAGAGGCUCGAGCGCCUCUGCCGCGCCGUCGACGCGGACGCCACCGGGAAGCUGACUCAGGAUCAGUUUGAGCAGAGCCUGCAGAUGCGUCACAUACCCACGUUGCUCAAGGCACUGGGGCUCCAGACGCAUCACGUCAUGGAGUUCUUCCACUACUUGGCCGAAGUCGAGGGCGGGCAGGUGGAGAUCGGUACGUUUGUCGACGGUUGCAUGCUUCUCAAAGGAGGGGCCACCAAUUUUGACCUGCAAAAGUUGCAGGCGGAAUUCAAAGCAAUGCAGGCACGGCAUGAUCAGAAUUUAGAUGAUAUUCUGAAGCUCUUGCGCGGCCGGUCGAGCAACUCGAUGAGGCAGAGCACUGAGGCGUAA